AUGGGGGAGCGGGCGGGGGGACCCAGCUGCGACGACUUCGCCGAGUUCCAGUUACCGUCAUCACCGUUAGGUGCGGCUUGGGCCCAGCGCCACGUGGCGAUCCAGGAGGGCCCCCUGUACCGGACGGAGGGCUCGCACGUGACCAUCUGGUGCAACGUGAGCGGCUACAAGGGCCCGGCGGAGCAGGGCUUCCAGUGGUCCGUCUACCUGCCCGCGGCCCCCGAGCGGGAGGUGCAGGUGGUCAGCACGCUGGACCCCGCCUUCCCCUACGCCAUCUACGCCCCGCGCGUCCGGGCCGGGCAGAUCUCCGUCCAGCGGCUGCGGGGCGACCACGCCCUCCUCCACAUCGCCCGCCUCCAGGCCCGCGACACCGGGCGCUACGAGUGCCACACGCCCAGCACCGACGACGCCUACUUCGGCAGCUACAACGCCAAGACCGACCUCGUGGUGAUCCCCGACUCGCUGCAGGUGGCCGCGGCGGUCCCCCGGGCCCUGGACCGCGUGGAGGGCGACGCCCUGGAGCUCCGUUGCGACGUGGCCUCGGCCACGGUCCGGCACACCCACCUGUCCGUCGGCUGGUUCCGGCAGAGGCCCGGCCAGGACCCGGCCGAGGUCAUCACCCUGGGCCGCGACUUCGUCCUCCGCUCCGGGCCGGAGUUCGCCGGGCGGCAGGCGGCCGGGCAGGUGCGGCUGGACCGGCUCGGGGAGACGGCCGUCCGGCUGACCGUCUUCGGCCUGCAGCCGUCCGACGCCGGGGACUUCUACUGCGAGGCCGCCGAGUGGAUCCAGGACCCCGACGGAACCUGGUUCCCCAUGACCCGCAAGCGCUCGGAGAGGACCGCCGUCCGCGUCCAGCCCACCGACAGGGAAUUCGGGGUGCGCCUGGAGACGGAGAAGCGUCUUUACGUGUCCGGCGAGCCCCUGGAGCUCCGCUGCAUCCUGCAGGCCCAGAACGUGGCCGACCGCCACUUCGCCGUGUCCUGGGCCCUGAACGGCUCCCUCAUCGCCGCCCUGGGGCCCAACGCCGUGGCCGAGCUCAGCCCCGACCUGGCCCGGCGCGAGGCCCGCGGCCAGCUCAAGGUGGCCAAAGAGGCCGACGGCGUCUUCCUGCUCAAGGUCUUCCACGCCCGCCCCGAGGACAGCGGCAAGUACAACUGCCGCGUCGUCGAACGCCAGAAGACGCCGACCGGGGAGUUCGUCGACGGCGAGAGCAGGCGCCCCAAGAACGUCCCCGUCACCGUCCUGCCCCUCACUGAAAUCUGGGGAUUAAAAUUUCCCCAGCACCAACCCAACCAGACCCAAGGGCCCCCGGAGACCAGCCUGUCGGUGGACCUGGCGAGCAACGCCAGCAGCGUCCUGGAGGGCGACAACCUGCAGCUGGCCUGCAGCGUCCGCUCGCCCGCCGCCCGGCCCCGCGCCCGCUUCUCCGUCCUCUGGCAGCUGCUGGACGGCCAGGGCCGGGCCGCCGCCGUGACCGGGCUGGACCGCGAGGGCACCGUGCAGCCCGGCCCCGGCUACUGGGAGCGCUGCGGCCUCGGGGUCGUGCAGACCGACCAGGUCCAGCCCGGCUCCUUCCGCCUGCGCGUCCUGGGCGCCGUCCGGGCGGACGAGGGCCGCUACGAGUGCCACGUGACCGAGUGGGCCCACGGCCCCGACGGAGACUGGCAGGUCGUCGGGGAGAGGAAGGCCUCCACCCACGUCGCCGUCACCGCCCUGGAGACGGGGUUCGCCGUGACGGCCAUCUCCCGCACCCCCGGGGUGACCUACGGCGCCACCUUCGACCUGCAGUGCAUCAUCAAGCCCUCCUACCCGCCCUGGGUGCCCGUGGCCGUCGGCUGGCGCUUCCAGCCGGCGGGCACCAGCGGCUUCCACGACCUGGUGACCUUCACGCGGGAAGGCGGGGUGCAGUGGGGGUCGGGGCCGCGGGCGGCGGGAUUCCGCUCGCGCACGGCGGUGGAGAAGGCGGCGGGGGCGGGCGGCGGGGGCCCCGGGCCCGUGCGGCUGAGCGUGAGCCGGGCCGGAGACGCGGAGGCCGGCCAGUACCAGUGCGAGGCCCAGCUCUGGCGCCGGAACCACAACCGCACCUGGACGCGCCUGGCCCUCCGGACCUCCAACCUGCUCGAGAUCCGCGUCCUACGGCCCGUGAGCCGGCUGCAGGUGAGCAAGGCCAAGAGGAGCGUGACGAUGGUGGAGAGCGGCUCCCUGCAGCUCAACUGCUCCAUCCAGGCCCAGACCAGCCCGGACUCCCGCUUCGCCGUGCUCUGGUACGUGCGCGGGCCGGCGGCGGGCCCGGCGGCGGACGCCCGUCUGAUCCUCAGGGCGGCCCCCGACUCGGCCCUGGAGCUCGGCGCCUACGCGGAGGAGCGGGGCCUCCGGGGCCGGGUCCAGCUGGAGCGCCGGCCCGGGGUCCCCCCCGGGGCUCCCCCCGGCGCCCUCCCCGGCGCCCUCUUCGCCCUCACCCUGCAGCGGGCGGCCGUCGGGGACAGCGGCGGCUACUACUGCCGAGUGGAGGAGUGGCUGCCGGGCCCCGACGGGCGCGGCUGGUACCGGCUGGCCGAGGAGGCGUCCGGUCAGACCGAGGUCACCGUUAAACGGCCAGACGCCCGCCUGAAGGUGCUCCAGGCCCAGGGCAACGUGACCAUCCUGGAGAGGCAGCGGCUGCAGCUGGGCUGUGCCGUGGUGGACCGGUCCAGCGCCCAGGCCCAGUUCUCCGUCCGGUGGCUGGUGCGCAGGCCCGGCCAGGCCCAGAGCCGGACCCUGGCCCGCCUGGGCCGGGACGCCUCCUCCCGGGCCGGGGACGACCCCGACGGCCCCCGGCCGGGCGAGGUCAGGCUGGACAGCCCGGCCCCGGGCCACUACCGGCUGGUCAUCCCGGCCGCGGGCCUGCGGGACGGAGGGGCCUACGCCUGCAGCGUGGAGGAGUGGCUGCCGGGCCCCGACGGGCAGUGGUACAAGCGGGCCGAGGACACCUCCGGGAUGGCCACCGUCACCGUCUCCCGUCCAGAGCCCGCGCUGCAGGUGGAGGCGGCGGCCGCCAACGCCACCGUGCCCGAGGACGGCCCCUUCCGGCUGGACUGCGUCGUCCUGGCCCGCUCGGCCGGGGACUCCCGCCUGGCCGUGGCCUGGCUCGCUCUCCGCCCGCGGCGGGGGGCCCGCGGGCCCCGGGGGGCGGCGGCCGGCGAGGAGGAGCGGGACCCCCAGGAGGAGGAGGAGGAGGAGGAGGCGGAGGCGGACCCCGAGGAGGAGGAGGAGGAGGAGGAAGAGGAGGACCGGGCGGCGGUGCUGAGCGUGGGUCCGGACGCGGUGUUCGGGCCGGAGGGCGGCCCCUGGGCGGGCCGGCUGCGUUUCCAGCGGCUGUCGCCCACCCUGUACCGGCUGACCGUGCUGCGGGCCCGGCCGGACGACGCGGGAAACUACUCGUGCCGGGUGGAGGAGUGGCUGCCCGACGCCCGCGACCGGUGGUACCUGUUGGCCCGAGAGGAGUCGGCCCCCGUGGCCGUCCGCGUCCUGGACGUAGGCCCCACGCUCCAGUCCGCCGUCUGCUCCGACGACGCCCUCUUCUACUUCGUCUUCUUCUACCCCUUCCCCGUCUUCGGGCUCCUGAUCGCCGCGCUCGUCCUGGUGCUGGUGCGGGGCCGCAACGCCGGCCGCAACGGCGACGGCAAGAACGGGGUCCCCCUGCUCUGGAUCAAGGAGCCGCACCUCAACUACUCCCCCACCUGCCUGGAGCCCCCCGUGCUCAGCAUCCACCCCGGGACGAUAGACUAGCCGCCCCCGCCUCCCCCCGGCCGACCGCCGAGACGCCGCGGGCCGCGCGGCG